AUAUACACUGAUCAUCAGGGCACUGAUGAUCAGUGUGCCCUGAUGAUCAGUGUGGCCCCAGAAGUGCCAUGUGCCAGUGCUCAUCAAUGCCACAUUCCAGUGCACAUCAAUGCCACAUAUCAGUGCCCAUCUGAGCUGCCUUUCAAUGUCACCCAUCAGUGCCAGUCAGUGCCGCCUAAGAGUGCCAUAUAUCAGUGUCAUGUAUCAGUGUCAUAUCAGUGCUGCCUUUCAGUGCCCAUCAGGGAUGCCUGUCAAUGCCCAUCAGUGCAACCUACCAGUGCCUCCUCAUCAGUGCCCAUCAGUGCCACCUAUCAGUGUCCAUCAGUGCAGCCUAUCAGUGCCCAUAACUGCAGCCUCAUUAGUGCACAUCAGUGA